AUGGUCACCAACACGGGGGACCAAGACAACGCUGCAGCCAGCGUCUGCGAGGCGCCCGAGAUCUCACCUGAAGCUCCUUGCAACGACAGAGCCGACAAGAGUGAUGCAGCUCGCAGCGUUAGCCCCAAUUCGGUGGAAGAAGAAUCCCAUCCGCCAUGCAUUGAAGCGCACAAGGGUAUUCCGUCAACAUCAUGCCAGUAUGAAUGCGAAGAAGCGAAUACGUCUGGUGAACUCGAAGGGAUCGACACAGAAGAUAUGGUUUGGUCAACCGGUCCGAAUGAGAAGAGCCCGACGCUUGGAGACGUCGACAUGGAUUGCAAUCGCCCACAGGAACCUCUGACGCCCCCGCCCAGUGCCCCAUUGAGAGAGCUUGAGGUUGCGAAUAGCGAGAUCCAUCCCACUGAAAUAGAUACAGGACUCAUGGAUGAGGGUCAGCCCAUCGUGGAGGAUAUGGUAAUGUCAUUCGACUUCACCCCUCGAAGCGAACGCAUGAGUACAAUGCAGUCCACUUACGAACAACUGAUGACCCUUCCUGGAACAUCAGAUACAAACACCCCUGCACAAAUUGAACUGGACUCAUCAUCGGAAGACGAGGAUCCCCAUGACAAUACAACGGCCACCAUGGCGGCAUUAGGACAACAGCGACUUGAACAAACGGCUGCGAAAGCCGCUCUCGCAGCUACACAAGAUGCGAAUGGAGAUACAAUGCCGGAGGUUGAUGGACAAGCCACCAUUAACGCUAUGGAAUCACCAGAGGACGAAGAGCAGGAAGCAAUCACGACGACCAAAACUAAACGUGACCGUCGAAAGAAACGCGAAAAGGGUCGCCAGAAGCGGCAAACCAGAGUCCCGAGGUCUGGCCCGAUUAUCUUGGAAGAGGCACCCACGAUCGACAUCGCGACAAAACCUCUAAAGGAGCUUCCUGGCCGCGACGAAUUUGAAGCCGGCCGAACUCAACUAGACUCAAAGCAUUACGUUUGGGCUGAGCAGCAUUAUACAGACAGCCGAAGUAGCCCAGUGGAGAAUAGAGGAGUCCAAUUCUAUGAUCCCCUCGACAAUCGAAAGGAUAGCGAAGUCUCUCUCGGUCCUUACGACAUGCUGAGCCGCAGGCGCCGGCCUGUGGAAGAAGAAUUACCGAAGACUCAACGACCCAAAAAGGCCAAGAAAUCAAAGUCGAAGAGGAAGCGAGAUGAUCCGGAAGAUGAUGAAGAAUUUGGCCCUGAGGCGAAGAAGCGAAACGAGACCAUCGACGAAAAGCUCGCAAAGAAGCGAGAAGGUAUCACAAAGUCAGCGCGAGAAAUCAGAGAGCUAGAGAAACAAAAGCGCCAGAACGAGCAAAAUGAGCGGAGUCGACUAAAGUCUCUCGCCGCCCAGAAGAUGUGGCCUCGGAGUAUUCAAAGACUGCCGACCGAAAUCAGGCGCCGUAUCCUACGCGAGCUGCUAGUUGCGGAACAGGCGAUAGAAGUCCACAGCAACUGGGUACGACUAUACAGCUCUCGGGCAACGCGGUCACGUUCUGGGCCUCUGACAAUCUUACAUACCGGCAUCUUGCGGACUUGCAAGGCAAUGUACUGGGAAGGCAUCUCCGUCCUUUACGGAGACAACGAAUUCCUUUAUAAAAUCCGAGAUGCACAAGUCACUGCGCCAGCUGAUAUUGACAUUACAUGUGUCGCUCAGGAUAACUCAGCCCCAAACGGCGACGAAGAGUCUGAUAUCUCGCUGGAUGAAGAUGACUCUGAUGCUGAGUACCAGGAUGAGGAAGUGCAGCGCGCAGCAGUCUCGAGGCCGCAGCGACGCCGCAGGAGAGACGAACCGAAGACGAUCUUCUUCGACAAGAUGUUCCCCUUGUUCAGGAGAAUCCUCAUUGAAGCCGAGAAGAAUCGACAUGGAGUCGAUACAAAGGUCAGGAUGACCGAGGCAAUCAAGGCCUUCACGAACCCGCCCCAGCCUAUCAGGCGUGGCAAAGGCGAUGUUCCGAUCAGCCCUCUGGAGGAGGACAGAAAGCGAGUCGCAAACAUUCACACGUUGCGAAUUCGAGUCUUUCCCUCCCUACAAAGAGAACCAUCCACGGUCACAGGCCAGCCCGGGAGUAUAGUAGGCUACACCUUCUCUUCCUUUUUCAACGAAGAUUGCUCCGUCUUCAAAGCAGCCAAGAGGCUUCUGCCACAGCGGCUGAUUCUCGACGUCAUGUCAAAGUACCUGAAUGAAGCGAAAAAGAACAAGCGAAUGACGAUCGACAUGCGCGCGCAGCGGAUCACACGCAUGGUAAAAGACUCAGGGGUGGAUAUCUGGGCCAAGGAUAUGACAAUGCAGCGCUCGCGUAGGCAAGCCUCUAACAAGACUAGAUCUCACCUGCAGCAGGUAGAGUCUGGUUUCGUGGCUCACUGCGCAAGCUUUGGAGCGUCUGUGGAGGAUGAAGAUGAGGAUGAAUAUUCUUCCGACUUUGAAGAAGAAUGA